AGAUCAUCACAGGCACAAUCAUCAAAACCAAGCAAUACUAGUUAACACCAAUCCACCAUGAAGACCUUCCUCAUCUUUGCUCUCCUUGCCAUUGCGGCGACAAGUGCCAUUGCACAAAUGGAGACUAGCCGCGUCCCUGGUUUGGAGAAACCAUGGCAGCAACAACCAUUACCACCACAACAACAACCACCAUGUUCACAGCAACAACAACCAUUUCCACAGCAACAACAACCAAUUAUUAUACUGCAACAAUCACCAUUUUCGCAGCAACAACAACCAGUUCUGCCGCAACAGCAACCAGUUAUUAUACUGCAACAACCACCAUUUUCGCAGCAACAACAACCAGUUCUACCACAACAACCACCAUUUUCACAACAACAACAACAACAACAACAACCACCACCAUUUUCGCAGCAACAACAACCAGUUCUACCACAACAACCACCAUUUUCACAACAACAACAACCACCAUUUUCGCAGCAGCAACAACCAUCUUCACAACAACCACCUUUUCCACAACAACACCAACAGUUUCCACAACAACAAAUCCCUGUUGUUCAACCAUCCGUUUUGCAGCAGCUAAACCCAUGCAAGGUGUUCCUCCAACAGCAGUGUAGCCAUGUGGCAAUGUCGCAACGUCUUGCUAGGUCACAAAUGUGGCAACAGAGUAGUUGCCAUGUGAUGCAACAACAAUGUUGCCAACAGCUGCCGCAAAUCCCCGAACAAUCCCGCUCUGAGGCAAUCCGUGCCAUCGUCUACUCCAUCAUCCUGCAAGAACAACAACAGGGUUUUGUCCAACCUCAGCAGCAACAACCCCAACAGUCGGGCCAAGGUGUCUCCGAACACCAACAGCAGUCGCAGCAGCAGCAGCAACUCGGACAGUGUUCUUUCCAACAACCUCAACAACUACAACAAUUGGGUCAGCAGCCUCAACAACAACAGAUACCACAGGGUAUAUUCUUGCAGCCACACCAGAUAUCUCAACUUGAGGUGAUGACUUCCAUUGCACUCCGUACCUUGCCAACGAUGUGCGGUGUCAACGUGCCGUUGUACAGCUCGACCACUAUUAUGCCAUUCAGCAUUGGCACUGGAGUUGGUGGCUACUGAUAAGAAAAGAUUUCUAGUAAUAUAUAGUCGUUAGAUCACCGUUGUUUAGUCGAUGGAUAUGUCGAUGUAGCGGUGACAAAUAAAGUGUCACACAAACGUCAUGUGUGACCCGCGCAAACUAGUAGUUAAAUUCUGGAAUAAAAUACAAAUAAAGUUUUCUCUA